AUGAUACUUGCGAUUCUUUGCUGUAUAACCGCCGCGAAAGUGGAGAAUCGAAGGCUUGGCGUGGUUCAAAGGCACGGUUUAGUUGAUAAGCCCGACGAAAGAGUGCCGAUGACUAUGUUCUGGCUGCUUCCGCAGUUUGUUCUGCUCGGAGGGUUUAACGGGAUUUUUAAUUACAGUGCGAUUAGUUUCUUUAUCGACCAAUCGCCUGUUUCGACGCAUAGGUGCUUGCCGUUUUUCGUUAGUGGUGUUUCGGGUGUCGGGAUUCUGUGCAGUGUGGUGUCGGUUUACGUUGUGGGGAGGAUUAGUGAAAGGGGAGGGAAAAUGUGGUUUCAACAUGAUUUGAAUGGGAGUAGGCUUGAUAAGUACUACUGGACAUUGGCUUGGCUGAUGGCGGUUAAUCUUGUUGUGUUUAUAGUUGUGGCGGUUUUUUACCGUUAUAAGGAAGCUGAGCUGGCGGAACAACAGGCGGAGGAGUUUGGCGGGAUUAAUGAGCCGUACGAUGAUGACUCGAAAGGCUUUUGUUGCUGCUGCUGCUUGCUGGCAUGGGCAGACAUAUUGGCUAUAUAUGCGAUGUGGUUGCUGAUGGCGUACUUGACCGACGUUUGGAGGCUCGAACUCACACACGCUUCUACGAUUGUCACUAUCUUAUGGGCUCUCUUCAACCUAUUCCCUUUAUUCCAGGCCUUCUUAGCUGACACCCUCACCGGCACUUAUGGAAUACUCUUCAUCUCCACCGCUUCAUUUAGUGCCGGAUUGGGACUUUUGACCAUGUCGACCCCACCGGUGCUAGCACACAGUACCGGAAGCUGCAGCGAAUACAAGCCCGAAUGCAUUGGCCAACCUCAGAAAUCACUUCUCUACGCAGCGGUGCCUUUAAUAGCAUUUGGAAUGGCUGGAAAUUUGACUUUUUGCAGCACAUUCAUCGCGGAGAGAGCCAACACCACUGGAGAAAUCAAUGUUACCUGGAAAAAUUGUGCGUGGUUCGUUUACGGUGAUUUACCACGUGCCAUAGUCACUCUCGUUGCAGUUUUAGGACUCCCUUACGUUAAACCGUGGUCUCUACGGUUCGGUAUUCCUGCAAUAUGUACUCUUGUCGCAACUCUCUUGUUUUUCAGUACCUUGUGUUCGUACAAGAAUAUUUUAAAGCCAAAUGGAAGCCCUUUGACGAUUCUCAUUCGAGUGUUUGUGGCUGCUGUUUCCAAGUUCUUUUAUAGAGUCCCUGCAGAUUCUAAUGAACUAUACGAGAUCCGAAACUCUCAACUUCAUUUGGUCCCCCAUUCGAGGAGCCUAAGGUGUUUGGACAAGGCGGCGAUUUUAAUGCCAACAAAGACUGUAGAGGAGCAAGCAAAUAAUAAGUGGAGGCUUUGUCGGAUUACGGAAGUGGAGGAGACGAAAAAAGUGGUGCGCCUGAUUCCGGUGUGGUUGACUUUCAUCCUAUGUGGCGUUGUAAAAGCCGUCGGAUAUACCUACUUCAUCGAGCAAUUAAAUCACAUGAACCCCAAAGUUGGGCGCCUCAAGGUUCCCCUCGUACUCAUUAUUUGGUUCUACGAGCAAGCCAAAUUAAAUGGUGCGCAACUAUGUGCUGUUUUUAUUACCACUUUAGGUUUCAUCACCGGGUCGAAAAAGCUAGCUUCUUCAAUUGGGAUUGCGAUAUCGAUGAUAAUCGCGAUACUUUGCUGUAUAACUGCUGCGAAAGUGGAGAGUCGAAGGCUUGGGGUGGUUCAAAUGCACGGUUUAGUCGAUAAGCACGAUAAUAGAGUGCCUAUGACUAUGUUUUGGUUGCUUCCUCAGUUUCUUUUGCUCGGGGCAUUUGAGGGGUUUUUCACCAUCGGCAGUAUUAUAUUCUUCGUUGACCUAUCCUUGAUGCAGGAGUUCAUUGAGCAAACCCUUGACUCGAUGGAUGAGCCCAUUGACCAAACCACUGCCUCGAUGCAGGAUUUCAUUGACCAACCACAUUUCGUGAUGCAGAGGUACUUGGGGCAUUUCAAUAGUGGAUUCUCCGGUAUUGGGAUUCUCGCGAGCAUUUUGACGGUGUUCAUUGUCGGGAAGAUAAGUGAAAAGGGAGGGAAAAUGAAUUGGUUUCAACACGAUUUGAAUCGAAGUAGGCUCGAUAAGUACUAUUACACACUGGCUUGGCUGAUGGCGGUUAAUCUUGUUGUGUUUAUAGUUGUGUCGGUUAUUUACCGUUACAAGGAAAACCGGUUGAAAGAUCGAGAGGCGGCUGCACAACGUGGUGGAAUAUAA